UGUUUAAGUUCUAUCCACUAUUAAUGUCAGAAAUAUUUACAGGUCACUUAUUAGGUAAUUACAUGUAAAUCCCUUAAUAAGCAUUAAUUAUUUAUCUGGUAAAAUAGUAACUAAACUGCUGUCACAAAUUAAAAUUCACUGAUAAUGUAAAAGAAUUUUUAUUCUUUCACUGCAUAUAAUUUAAAUCCGAGCCGUAUGAAUACUGACAUUGGGAUAGAUCAGAGUGUAUACAAAAGAUAGUAGACCCCAAAUUUUUCGGGAGUGUGCUGUAGUUGAUUGAUUGGACUACGUGGAGAAAUUGUUCAUAUGAUUGUAGUUUGAGCCUUAAAAUUUAACAUUAUAUUGCCAUGAGGUUUAAAGAUAUUGGGUUUAACUUGUAAGAAAUCUUCUUCUACAUAUAUUUUAACUGAGAAAAACUGCCCUAAAUUGCACUGUGUUAUUAUGUAUUCGUGGGUUACUUUCCGCUCAAAACACUCGUUAACUUGGUGCUAUUAGGUAAAUAUGUUGCUCCAAUGCCAUUUGGGUUUCCAAAAUUUGGUGGUUACUCUGGAAUAAGAUGAUCAUUCAUGUUCUUCUGUUAGCCAUCAAAUGGUGUUUGAUCAAAGAGUUUGUGUGAAUUGUAACCUCUGUUUGGUUUUAUUUUGACAACUAGUGCAUUUUCCUUAUGAGCUUUGCUCCUUGACAUUCUUUUUGGGGUUGACGGAGGGAAUUUAGCUGAGAAGUGUUAGUAGAAUUUAUGCAUAAAUAUGUUAUGAUUAGAUGAAUUUUUGAGCUUAGAGUUAAACACUGAUUGGACCCUUACCAGUUAGGUUGUGUUAACCGAGGUCCAGUGUUAUCAAAGGCGCGCUUAAAGCGUGCUUAAGCCCUGAAGCGAGGCUCAAAACAUAUUGAGCGCUUUGCCUCGCUUAGUGGGCGCUUCAACAUUGUCAUCAAAGCUCUAAGACAUACUUUUCCUUGCCAACGAGCGUAAUCCUGAAGAGGCCAUACUAAACCAUUGAUAUUUCACUUAUUGUAAUUUUUCUUCAAUUUCUUAGUCCAUAUAUUUGGUAUUCAUGCUUAUAGAUAUUAGUUUUGGACUACACAUACAUAUUUGUAAUUUUUCUCCAUUUGAUCCUUUCUUCGUUAAGCCCAUGCUUUAUUUGCGCUUUGCACUUAAAGCUCCAACAUAUGUUAGAGCUUUUUUGCGCUUUUCGCCUUUAAUAACACUGCCGUGGUCGAUUGGAUCUUCCAUUGCUUACUUUUCUGGAUUAAAGAAAGAUCGGAGAGCUUCAUUUCCUUCUGUAGACAAAUUUAAGUUUUUAUUACAAGAUUAGUAGAGGUGCUUAUUUCUUGUUUAUGAUCACUAUGUAAAUCUUGCCGAGCAACUAUGAAAGACAUGCGCGCAAUGGUUUAUAUAAUAAAUACGGCAUUGAGCUAUAUUGGCAAAUCUUCACAAAGCCGAACUCUAUUGGCAAUGUAUAUCCGUGUCAAGCGUAAUAGGACCACCUACUUUAUUCAAUGUGACCCAACCGAGACAAUUCUACAAAUAAAGGAGAAAUUGUAUAACCUCGUAGAUCAACCUGUUAAUGAUCAGCGAUUAAUCCUGAUGCCUGCUGGAGACGUAUUGGAAGACUCGAAGUCCCUAGCUGAUCAGAAGGUCGAAAAUGACGCUGUGGUGGCGCUUACUCUGAGAAAAGAUGACAAUGAAUUUGAGGAUGUAAAUAUUGUGAGACCGGAUGACUUUUACCAGUCCCGCGAUUCAGAAGAUGGUGCAAAUUGGUAACACACAUUCUGGGAACAUCUAAUCCUCAACAAAGAUGUGUAUACUUUUACACUCUGAUCAGGGCAAUUGAUUUACCAGCUUCUGGUUUGAUGAAAUACUGAGAUAGUGUCGAGUUCCAUUUAGCAUGAGAUUUUGUGAUAUUGUCCUUCUGUUUAAAAGUGGCACGAUGGAUAAGAAUGUCCAAUCAAGAAUUUCAUUUUUUUUCUUUUAGCAGGAUUAACCAUUUUCAUGUAUGGAUGAAAAUUGCUGGCCAAUGUGUACCUUUAUCUUC